AUGGCUUCAACCACGGCGCCCUCGGUGGUGCUCAAAGAAGAGCCCGUCGAGGCCAACAGUAGCAGCAACAUCAACGAAGUCGUCAGCCCCGCCGAUGCUCUGUACGAGAAAUGCGCACAACGGCCUGCGGGCCAGAUCUUCUUCCAGCGAGAUCUGUCCAACAUGCAGGUCGCGGAAACCAUGGCCCAGCUGACAGUGCUGUUGCAAGAGCUCUGCGACCGCCACCUGUUGAAACUCAUGACGUUCGAGGGAGACCCUUGCUGGAAGUUGCGCUCAAGAGAAGAUGCCGACAAACUUCGGCGGCUGACUCCCGACGAACGCCUCCUCUACCACCACAUCGACCAGGUCCAGGCCGACGGCAUCUGGUCCAAGGCGCUUCGUUCCAGGACCAACGUCACCCAGCAGACGCUCACAAAAUGUCUCAAGAGCCUCGAGUCGAAGGACCUGGUGCAGUCGGUCAUGAGCGUCAAGUUCCCAAACCGGAAAAUGUACCUCUUGAAGCACCUGAAGCCGUCGGAAGAUAUUGCGGGUGGACCAUGGCAAUCCGAGGGCGACUUUGACACGGCGUUAAUCGACACGAUAUCGAACAUCGUAGCGCAGCACGUUGAGAAUGAGACGUGCAUCAGGGUACCGGGCAACUGGAACGACUACGAGAUAACAGAAGAUAGGACGGCCGCCAUUGCGAGGAAGAAAGCCCAAGUGCAAGGCAUCCAGGACAUCGAGGACAUAGCCCCAGCCGUCAAGCCUUAUCAAGCCUCGAGGGAUCCCAGCACAACCAAGCUGGUUCACCGGCACAACCCGCAGUACCCGAAUGCCGCCUCGGUAGCCAGCUGGCUCAAUUCCAAGGAGGUUUUGCGUGGUAAAGUCGUGCGAGAAGACGACAUGGAACAGUUACUCGAGAUGAUGGUGCUUGAGGAUCGGCUCGAGAAGAUAUCCGGUACCAACUAUCGGACGGUGCUACGGGCAGCAGAGACCAAGGUCUACAACGGCUUUGUAGACGCCCCAUGCGGCAAUUGUCCGGUAUUCGACCUGUGCGGAGACGAGGGAGAAAUCUCGGCGCGAACCUGCGUCUACUUUGGCCAGUGGCUCGAGACUGAAUCAGAGGAGAUGUAGGAGCGAGCUUGUUCUGGUACGACAUGAAGGGGAAGGGAUUUUCCAGGUCCAUGGUCCAUUUGAUGCAUGUUUUAUCUACACAGCAUAGCGCGGGCGUUUAUAUACGGUUACGAUAGUCUGGGGGCAGUCUAUAUCAUCAUUCUCGGCUUGGGCGGCACCCAUGCACAGCUGGAUGCAGUAUUACCAUGCUUUUCGCCGGUGAACAAGGGGUCAUGCUUCAGGUGCGGGUGAUGCGAGACGCCUAAGUAGCUACCGACUGCACGUUCCCGCCGCCAACGUCAAGUCCAAUGGGCGAUCAGCCGGCGCCACACGUCUCGUGGCUGCCCGGCUGACUUGACUCCCUCC